AUGGUGGAAUGGUUUCAGCUGGGACACUUUUCUAGAUAUGCUGUUGACAAACUUGACUUUGAAUCUGGACAAUUGCUUUACACUAUUCUUUUCUUUCCCCAGUCAUUUUCCGCAUAUUACAAAGGUGGAUUUGAGCAGAAGAUGACCAGACGGGAAGCCAGCCUCAUCCUCGGGAUCAGUCCGACCAGCACUAAGACAAAGGUACGGGAAGCCCACAGAAGGAUCAUGGUCCUAAAUCAUCCAGAUAAAGGUGGAUCUCCGUAUUUGGCAGCAAAGAUCAAUGAAGCAAAAGAUCUGCUUGACUCUGGCCCUCGGCGCUGACCUGCUGCCUUCACCAGCCCAGCAGAGAGUUACAUCUACUUCACUGCCGCCAACUCACCCAGAGCCUCCGCAGCUCUCUCUUCAUCUCCACGUUUUCCUGCCAUAACUCAGCCGACUCUGUUGUAUCCGUCACUAUUCCUCACCAACACUUAAUGCAAGUCUGCAAAGGUUGGUCAAUCAUGUUAAAGCAUCUCCUUGUGAAAUCCUG